AUGAGACCAACUCUGGCCAAUCUGUUUCGCGAGUCUCCUGUGUCUCUUCUGACGAGACCCUGGAAGAAAAACCGGGAUGGAACACUGUUUUAUGGUGUUUCCAAGUCAGGAAACAGAAGAACGGCUUUGACCACGAAGCAAGGGAACAAGACGCUGUAUAAAGGUACCCGUUCUUCUGGUAUUGGUAAACAUACAAGAUACGGUGGCUACACGAUCAAUUGGGCCAAAGUGCGUACUUUCGUGACCCCAAUGAAUUUUAACUCGGAGCUAAAACCUUUGGUAAGCCAUAAUGUGCCUGAGCUAAAGCACAACUUUCAGGGAUAUCAAAAGGGUGCACUGGAUGCACAGUUGUACUUCCAAAAGCUCCGGAAAUAUGUCAACGACGGUAAAGUUCAGAGCAAAGCUUCGGACAUAAAAUGCUAUGUCGAAAGGGGAUAA